AUGAUAAUACAACCUAGAUACUCACAAAAGAUGGCUGACACCUUCUCUAAUAGUAAGGACUUUUAUUCAUUUCAUCAAAAAUAAUUCACAGUUCAUAAACCAUAAGCACAACGUUUGGAACAUUGGUCUAUUUCCCAAAGAACUAAAAUUUAAUCAAUUAAAGACAGAGCUAAUUCUGAAAUCUUAACUGCUUUUAUAAAUAAAGGACUAUUGUAAACUUAAUAAAAAGUAUCGUCAUCAAAACAUUAUGAAAAUUCAUCAAGUAUUUUAAUCAAGUAGAGUUAUGAGGAAAAAGUAACGAGAGAACAUUUACUGUCAUAAUAGGCUCUGUCAACCAUAGAAGAUCUAGAAAAAAGUAAUCUAUGAUAAUUAAUAAUUUAGGUAAGAAAAUUCUUCCACCAUUAAGUUUAUAUGCAGAUAAAUUAAAACUAAAGGAAAGAUAGAACUAAUCAAAAGAAAAACAAGAAACCUGUAAAAAUACUCUUAUUGAAACGUAAAUAUUAAAUAGUAUUCUAAGUCCAACAUUAUAGAAGACGGUAACAAGAAAAAGUCGAGGAUUCAUGCAAGGGGAAAAUAAGUCAAUUUAUGAAAAUGAACAAAAUGUCCAUAAAAUGGGAAGAACUUCAUCUACUCCAUUGAUGCAGAAAUCAAAAGAGGAUAAAGAAGAACAAGUAACAAGUAGAUCUGGAACUCCAUAAAAGGAAACCUAAAAUAUUAGUCCAAUAAAGAAUCCUUAAAAGAGUUUGACAAAGCAACUAAGCAUUUAUACUCCUUAAUACAAAGUGGUAAAAGAAAAGAAAUUACAUAGUGCUUUGCAUUUAUCAUAACCAUAAUAAUAAUAACAAUAAUAACAAUAACAAUAAUAAUAAUAAUAAUAAUAAUAAUAUUAAUAAUAAUAAUAACAAUAUUAAUAAUAACCUAUCUUAAUAGAUAAAAAAUUAAUGCCAAGAAAAAAAAAAAAAUAAAUUUAAAAUAAUGUAAUCUAAUAGUAGAAUCUCUAAAAAGAGAAACUCACUCUACGUCACACAUCUUAUCGCUGUUUUUUGAAUAAAAUUAAUUUUUCAAAUAAUUAAUGCAUCUGCACUCCAAAUAAGAUGGAAGUUCCUGCCUAUUAUUAUUAUGUAGGUUUAGGAAACAAUGGCAGUUUAGUCAAAAAUAUUUUCCGAUAAAGAUGGUGGUGGUCAGAAGUAGAAACCUUAGAUACUACAAAAGUCAAUAUGUCAUGGACAUAAUUGAGAUAGAAUAUUUGUAUUGAAUAAUUACAUCCCUAUUGUAUGGACGCUGGAGCUUAGAGCUCAGAAUCAUUUAUUUUGAGUCAUGAGGAAACGAUUGGGGAUACAAGUGAUUCAGACAUAGAUAUAAGACCAAAAUAAUUGAGUUUAACUGGAGGUAUACAAAAACAGUAGAGUUCUUCUUAGCAUUAAUAAAAGAAGCCUCCAAAUUAUUAUUCAAUUAAAAGAAUAUUAAAUGGGUAAGAUUUAUAAAAAUUGUUGAAUUAUAUGGAGGAAAUUAACUGCUUUGAUAGUUAAUUGAUUUUUAGUGAUUGCUCUGAAAAAUUACUAAAGGAUAUUAAAUAAUAUAACACUAUUUAAAGACUAGACAGUAGAAGCCAAAAGAUGCAUAAUCAUAUGGAAGAUAAUUGGCACUUAGGUAACAAAAAGGCUCUGUUUUAUAAUAUGAAACAUUACUUUUAAAUCAUAAAGGAAGAUUAUAAUAAAUUACUUCCUGUAACAUUUCAUGUUCAAAAAGGAUUAAGUGAUAUUGAAUAUUAAAAAUUUUUGGAUUAUUAUAACAAAAGAAAUGAAGAAGUACGUGAUCUUGAAAAGAAUAGAGAUAGAAAAGAUAAAAAGAAAUUGCCUCUUAAUUUAUGGAUAAUUAAACCAGGAGAAUUGACUAAUAGAGGAAAUGGGAUUACUGUUUGUAACGAUUUAAAUGAAAUAAAUAAAAUAAUAUGUGAAGAAAUAUAAGGAGGUAGAUAAAGAACAUAUAUUGUUCAAUAAUAUAUUGAUAAUCCUUUUUUGUAUAAUAAACGAAAAUUUGAUAUCAGAUGUUAUAUGCUACUGACUUCUUAAAAUGGAAUAUUUAAAGGUUAUUGGUAUUAAGAAGGAUAUAUACGAACAUCAUCAAAAGAAUUUACUACUAAAUGCUUAGAUAGAUUUGUACAUUUAACUAAUGAUGCUGUUCAAUCAAAAGAUUAGGAUUAUGGUAAGCAUGAACCAGGCAAUAAGAUAUCUUAUUUAGAUUUUUAAAGAUAUGUUGAAUGUAAUUAUCCUAAUUCUAAAUUCAAUUUUUUUAUUGACAUUUAUCCUAAAAUGAGAUCUGCAGCUUUGGAUAUGAUGAAAGCUACCUAUGGUAAAAUUGAUCCACAUAGAAGAAUUAAUAGUUUCGAAGUAAUAAUUUCUUAUAUAUUAUAUUAGUUAUAUGGUUUAGAUUUUAUGAUAGAUGAGAAUUUCAAAUUGUGGUUAAUAGAAGCCAAUACUAAUCCAUGUCUUGAAUAAUCCUGUCCUCUUCUUAGUAGAAUAAUACCAACAAUGGUAGAAAAUUUAUUUAGGAUCGCUGUUGAUCCAAUUUUCCCUCCUCCAUUUUUUGAAGAAUGGCCUUAAAAUAAAAAACUAUUUAUUCCUGAUAAUGUAAUUGAAAAUAAUAAAUUCGAACUUAUUUUUGAUGAAUUAAUAGAAAAGAAAAACAUGCUUAGUUUGUUUCGAGACAAUAAAAUUGAAUAAGAGUGUUUUGAUAUUGAAGAAGAAGAAGAGGAAGAAGAAAAGGAUUGA